GUUGUUGCAGCACAAAGUUGACGGACAGCCCUCUGCAUCGCCCAUCGACCAUCGCAGCUCGCCCAACAUGUCUCAGCAAGCCUUGAACAAGAUCGCGCCCAACAGCCCAUCGAGGCAAAAGCCCAAUGAGACCGAGCAGCAGAUCGCUACGGCGCUGUACGAGCUCGAGAGCAACAUCCCCGACAUGAAGGCUGCUCUUCGCCCUCUGCAGUUUGUCUCUGCCCGCGAGAUCGAGGUUGGCCACGGACGCAAGGCCAUCGUUAUCUUCGUCCCAGUCCCUCUCCUCCAGGGAUGGCACCGCUCCCAGCAGCGCCUCACCCGUGAGCUCGAGAAGAAAUUCUCCGACCGCCACGUCCUCAUCGUUGCCUCGCGCCGCAUCUUGCCUCGCCCAAAGCGCAGCAACCGCAGCCGCACCAGCCAGACCCAGAAGCGCCCACGUUCGCGUACUCUGACUGCUGUGCACGACGCCAUCCUUGCCGACCUUGUCUACCCUGUCGAGAUUGUCGGAAAGCGUCUGCGCACCAAGGAGGACGGCUCCAAGGUCCUCAAGGUCAUCCUCGACGAGAAGGAGCGUGGUGGUGUUGACUACCGUCUCGACACCUACUCUGAGGUCUACAAGCGUCUGACCGGCAAGGGUGUCAACUUCGAGUUCCCACAGGCCCCAGCUGAGUACUAGACGUUUCACGGUUCACGCAUAGUCACUUGCCUAUAGACGGUCAGCCACGGAGAAACCGAGGGCUUACAAAAAGCAUGGAGCUGAAGGGGCUCUGCAACGGCGCUGGAUGGGCAUGUAGCUAUUCAGAGGCGUUCUGCAGUUUGCACAGUACAGGCCUCGAUCAAAAUUUGACUUGCUGUCACCAAUGAUACCCAAGACGAUUUCACAUUACCAAUUUGUGUUCUUCUCACUUUUAUUGUGCUGUGGUAUCUCUGUACACACAUGCCGGCGGCUGCCCCCGCCAUACAUACGACAACGAUGUAUCUCAAUCACCAUCUGGCUCUAUCUGCAUUGCCUUUUAUGCCGUUCCCUCCGUCCGCUCGGGUAUCUAUCAGAAAAGGACGUCGUAAAUCCAGCCGUUCACCACCUUGAGCGCAUGAUCGGAUCAAUCUAUCAUGUUGUGUCCCUCGAAACGACCGUCGCCAUGCAAAUAUCAAAUAAUGUCAAUAAUAGAGGAUCAACCCUCGUUCUGCUUUUCCGGGCCACAUUUUCGUCAUGCCGUCCAUCAUGCCGCCUGUGGGGUAGCGAUUGCUGGUGACUUCGCCCUCUCAACCUCGUCGUCCGAGUCGUCCACAACCAGACACCAUGGGUGAUCUAGAACAGCUUGUAUUCCAAUUCGUCGCUCCACGUCCCGGUCCAGCAUUUUGCGAAUGAGAUCAAUGCAGUCUUCACUCAUCACGUACGGCACUCGCAGGUCAUGAUCCAUGAUCUCGUCGAU